AGCGAGGACCAUGGAGAGCUCAGGCAACGGCUCAGACGCGGAUUACCGGAGCCAGCUCCCCGUGUUCUACAGCAACAGCAGCUUCUGUCCAAACUUCACCGACGGCAACAACACCACGAGCUUCGCGGAGGCGCGAUGCGACGGGGAUCGCAGAUUGACCGGCAGCCUGGAAGACGACGCAAACCCCGUUAUCAUAGCGAUUGUCAUCACAGCUCUCUACUCCAUAGUGUGCGUGGUGGGGCUGGUUGGAAACGUGCUGGUUAUGUACAUCAUCGUCAGAUACACUAAAAUGAAGACGGCCACCAACAUCUACAUCUUCAACCUUGCGCUGGCCGACGCCUUGGUCACCAGCACGUUACCAUUCCAGAGCGUCAAUUACCUGAUGGGUACCUGGCCGUUUGGGGAUGUGCUGUGCAAGAUGGUGAUGUCCAUCGACUAUUACAACAUGUUCACCUCCAUCUUUACGCUCACCACCAUGAGCAUCGAUCGCUACGUUGCUGUGUGCCACCCAGUCAAAGCACUGGACUUCAGGACACCGCACAAUGCCAAGAUAGUCAACGUCUGUAACUGGAUUCUGUCCUCAGCCAUCGGGCUACCUGUCAUGUUCAUGGCUUCCACUGCUGUCACUCCCUCCAGCAUUGUUGACUGCAAGCUGAUUUUCCCGCAACCCUUCUGGUACUGGGAAACCCUGCUGAAGAUCUGCGUGUUCAUUUUUGCCUUCAUCAUGCCUGUCCUGAUCAUCACCGUCUGCUACGGCCUCAUGAUUCUGCGGCUUAAGAGUGUGCGCAUGCUGUCCGGCUCCCAGGAGAAGGACAGGAACCUGCGACGGAUCACCCGCAUGGUCCUGGUGGUGGUUGCUGUCUUCAUCGUAUGCUGGACGCCUAUCCACAUCUUUGUAAUCAUCACUGCUCUGAUCAAUAUCCCCAGCUCCACCCUUCAGACUAUCACCUGGCACUUCUGCAUCGCCCUAGGCUACACCAACAGUAGUCUGAACCCGGUUCUUUAUGGCUACCUGGAUGAGAACUUCAAGCGUUGCUUCCGUGAGUUCUGCACCCCAAGUCCCUCUGUGUUGGAGAUGCAGAACUCGUCCCGCACCGGAGCCACUAGCCGCAAGCUCCCACAGCGCGAACACCACAGUGCAAACACAGGAGAAAGGUCCAAUCAACAGGUAUGACUAGCCUUGGAGGGGUCGUCGGUGGACUCUCGCUGUGGCGGCAUUGCCAACGACGAUCUCAACUCGGAGGUCACGCAGGUCACCACAGGGCUCUGACCACACAAACUUACCCAAAAACAAUCCAGUGACCUUACUGAGACUCAAUAACACAGACAAUAUUGAUGAUGUGUUGCAAGCUUAACUGCAGCGCUGCAUCAGGUCAGCCCUUUCAGUCUAACUAUUACGAACUGCAUGUGCUUACUCUUACUGCAGCCGACACAGUAAUGGGACAGGUUACACUAAACAGAAAAUCAGGCAUCAUUACAAUACCAUAGCCCCCAAAGUGAAGUUGUUGCACUAAAUUGUGCAUUAACCAUUACAGCUUAAAAAAAUUAUCUAGUUUUCGCUACUAUUGUUAUUACUUUGACAAUUUAGACUACACAGACUGAAUAAGUGCAGUA